AUGGCACCCAAAAGCGCAUCCUACACCAUCGAGCCCACCCCCUCCUGGUACACUGCUGUCCCUUCGCUCACUCCCUCCAAGACCGACCUCCCCACACCCUCUGCCUCGCAGCUGAAGGAACUCUCUGCCCGCGCGUCGCGGAUGCUCGAAUCCGACGCGGAGCGGUACUCGGCGGCAUCCGCAGCGAGCAGCGCCGCGGAUGCGCACUUCCUCAAGACCGUACUCGCGUCGGGCACGCUCUCCGACCGACUCUCCGCGCUCACGCUGCUCGUGCAGGCGAGCCCGGCGCACAACGCCGCGGCGCUCGAGAGGCUCCGAGAGAUGGCCCAGCGCGGCCGCGCCAAGGGCGGCCGCGACGAGGGCCUCAAGGCCGCGCGGUGCGUCGUCGACUGGUGGGUCGGCGGCGGAGGGCCAGGCAGGAAGCUGCGGUACUUCCGCGACCAGCCGCUGCUGCACCCGGCAGCAACGGACGCGCACCUCACCGUGUGGUACUUCGAGGACUGGCUCAAGAAGUUCUUCUUCUCCUUCCUCCAGUGCCUCGAGGCCCUCUCCCUCGACCCGCUCACGUACGUGCGCACCCAGACGCUCGCGUUCCUCGCCACCCUCCUCCGCGCUCAGCCCGAGCAGGAGCAGAACCUCCUCCGGCUGCUCGUGAACAAGCUCGGCGACACAGAGAAGACCGUAUGCUCGCGCGUGUCCUACCACCUCCUGCAAGUCCUCCAGGCCCACCCCGCGAUGAAGGCGGUGAUCGUGCGUGAGGUCCGCGCGCUCGUCUUCCGCCUGCCCGCCUCGACCGCCGCGCAGGCGCAGGCCGCUGAGCCGCCGAAGAACAAGGUCAUCCGCUUCACGGACGACGGCGAGGCCCCCUCCAAAAGCGCGAAGAAGGGCAAGGAGAAGGAGAAGGACGACCGCUGGAACUCGCACGCGUGGUACUACGCCGCCGUCACCCUCAAUCAGAUCGUGCUCACCCCGACGGUGGGGGACCGGACGGUGGCGCGGACGCUGGUGGAGAUGUACUUUGAGAUGUUCGAGGAGAUCCUUGGGUCGAAGAGCGAGGAGGAUGAGGCGAGCGAGGACGAGGCGAUCGACGGCAAGGGCAAGGAUACGAAGAGCAAGGGCAAGGCUAAGGGUCCGGGAAAGCCUCACGGCAAGUCGAAGAAGGGUAAGGAAUUCAAGGGUGAUGCCGGGUUCACUGAGGUGGAGGACUCGUCUUCGAGGCUCGUUGGUGCGAUUUUGUCUGGGGUCAACCGCGCUCUGCCAUUCGCACAAAUGCACCUGAGCAGCGACAGCUCUGCCGUAUUCAAAAAACACAUCGACACCCUUUUCCGUAUCACUCAUACGUCCACGUUCAACAUCUCCCUCCAAGCCCUCACCUUGAUCCUCCACAUCACUACCACCCUCUCGUCCGCCGCUCCUGCCGACAAAGCCUCCACCUCGGCAGAGAGCUCCAGCUCUGCCUUUUCCACCGCCAUCCGUGACCGAUUCUAUCGCUCGUUGUAUGCUUCCCUUAUCGACCCCCGUCUCAGCGUGUCGAACAAACAAGCACUGUACUUGAACCUCGUCUUCAAAGCCCUCAAGGUUGAUACCGACGCAGCACGAGCUGCCGCUUUCGUCCGUCGCUUCGUGCAGGUUCUCGCAAGCGGCGUUGGCGCCGCCGGUUCCAUCGAGUUCGUCGCGGGCGGUCUCUAUCUCUUGGGAGAGCUCUUUAGUACGACCCCCUCGCUCAAACAGCUCCUGAGCAGCCCAAAAUCCAAGUCGGCCCCUCCCCCCGACGCCGCAGCCUACGACCCGCGCAAGCGCGACCCGCAAUACGCGCACGCCCUCGCCUCGCCGCUCUACGAGCUCCUCCCACUGCUCUCGCACUACCACCCCACGAUCGCGCUGCACGCGUCGCAGCUGCUCUCGGGGGCGCCGAUCACGGGCUCGCCCGACCUCGCGCUCAACACGCUCGCGCACUUCCUCGACCGGUUCGUGUACAAGAACGCGAAGAAGGCGAAGGCGAAGGGCGCGAGCGCGAUGCAGCCGAGCGUGGACCCCGCCCACGGCGUCGCGCUCGUCAGGGGCGAGGCGAGCGCGGGCUUGGGCGUGCCGGCGAACGACGAGCGGUUCUGGCGGAGGCGGGCGGAGGACGUCCCGGCGGACCAGCAGUUCUUCAGGGCGUUCUUUGCGAGGAAGGAGGAGCGGGAUAGUAAGAAGGCGGCGAAGGUGGCGAGAAGGAAGGGGAAGGGCGCGGGGUCGGACGAGGAGCUGGAGUCACUCUCUGGUGAAGAGGAGACGUCGAGCGAGGGAGAGGAGGAGGAGGAGGAGGAGGAGGAGGAGGAGGAGGAGGAGGAGGAGGGUGGAGAGGAAGAUGAAGAUGGGGGCGAGGAGAGCGAAGACGGUGGGUUCGACUUGUCGAGCAAAGGGCAGAAACCUGGGAUGGCAGCGAGCAACGAGGAAGAGGAGGACAGCGACCUUGAGGAAGCGGAGAUUUGGAAGGCCAUGAAGGCGACAAUGCCCGCCGAGCUGGAAGACGAUGGCCUCAUGAACGAUAGUAGUGAAGAAAGUGACGACGUGCCCUCGGAUCUCGAAGGCACGUCGGACGACGAGGAUGAAGCGGAUGAAACGGAGCAAGACCAUGGAGCAGACGAGAACGAGGACGCCAACGACGAUGCGUUCUCCUUGGUUGAGGGAUCUGACGCCGAAGAUCUGCUUCCUCUCGACGCGGACGUCCCAGAAGGUCUCGUCGUCUGGGACGGUCCAGAUGGCAGCGACAACGACGAAGAGGAGGAGUGGGGGGGAGUGUCGUCGUCAGCAGGGCCGCAGAAGGGAGGAAAGCGGAAACGAGAGGAGAGCAACAGGGCUCGGCGGAAAAAGCUGCGGGCGCUGCCCACGUUUGCGAGCUACGAGGACUACGCGAAGCUCAUCGAGGGCGAGCCGGAGGACAACAUCUAG